CUUUGAAAAUGAAAUUGUCUAUGGUAUCUUGUUUUUCUGCCAUUAUUAUUAGUCAACUAAACAUCUUUACAAAUUGUAGUUUUGUAAUAAUAACAGUAAAACCAUUUUUGAAAUUUCUGGUGCCCUCUUAAAAUUCAUUCAUUAUUUUUUAAUAUUAUUUUCAAGUAUAUCACUAUUUCGCAAAAUUUUGCGUUAUAUUUUCAAGGAGAAUUUUUUAUCAAUCGCCUUUAGAAAAUCAUUUAUAUUAUAAAUUAAUUUUGCGUACUGUAUAUUAUUUUUAUCUAAUAUAUACCACCGAAUUGAAAUUAACAUCCAUCAAUUUCGAUUUUGCAUCCACAAUCGUUUUAUCGCCUCUUUACCGGAUAUCCGGCUACACCGCACACAUUGUCUCUAGCACAAGGGAAUAGAGAACAUCAUAGCGUUUCUUUCUUUUCUGAACAGGCGCAGUCCUAGAGAAUUCGCAAAAGGAGUAAAAGGCUCCUACAUAACCUGUUAAUAUCAAUAUAUUGUAUGAGUCAGAAGGUAGAAAAACCAGUAUUAUCGGGUCAACGGAUCAAGACCAGAAAAAGAGAUGAGAAAGAGAAGUAUGACCCGAACGGUUUCCGCGACGCUCUGGUACAGGGUCUGGAGCGGGCCGGUGGCGAUCUCGACGCAGCCUACAAGUACCUAGACUCGGCCGGAUCAAAACUCGACUACCGACGCUAUGGCGAAGUCAUAUUCGAUGUACUCAUUGCUGGCGGCCUGCUGCUGCCGGGCGGUUCGGUGUCGAUGGACGGCGAAUCGCCCAAGACCAACACCUGCAUCUUCUCCGCCAAUGAGGAUAUGGACACCAUGCGAAAUUUCGAACAGGUAUUCGUGAAACUGAUGCGUCGGUACAAGUACUUGGAAAAAAUGUUCGAAGAGGAAAUGAAAAAGGUUCUGGUCUACUUGAAAGGCUUCGAUCCCGAACAGCGCAUCAAGCUGGCGCGCAUGACUGCACUGUGGAUCGGUAACGGAUGCGUGCCUCCAUCCGUGCUGCUGGUCCUGGUGAACGAACAUCUGCUGAAGGACAACCUGGCGCUGGACUUCGUGCUGGAAGUGUUCGCGAUCAUCAAGCAGGAGCGCGGCGUCACCUCGCUCGUCACGGCGCUCAAGAAGGGACAGCUUGAAGGCAGACUGCUGGAGUUCCUCCCGCUUAAUCGCCGCAGCGAGGAGGCUCUGGGCGCUGCUUUCUCUUCUCGCGGACUUGCCGAGCUGCUGCGACUACAUCGGGCACAAGCGUCGCAGGAGGCUCGCCGUGAACUGACGGCGUCCCUGCUGGAGCAGCUCGCCGAGGAGAAGGUGAUCCGUGACGUCAUCACCGACCUGCGAGAGAUGGCGCAGAGGCACCACAUUCCCGAUCACGACGUCGUCACCAUCGUGUGGCAGUGCGUGAUGUCGCGCGGCGAGUGGAACAAGAAGGAGGAGCUCAUCGCCGAGCAGGCGGCCAAGCACCUGCGCCACUACACGCCGCUGCUCGCCGCCUUCGCGCAGUCCGCGCGCGCAGAGCUCGCCCUGCUCACUAAGGUCCAGGAGUACUGCUACGAGAACAUGAGCUUCAUGCGCGCGUUCAGUAAGCUGGUGGUAAUGCUGUACAAGACGAGCGUCCUCUCGGAGGAGGUGAUCCUCAAGUGGUACAAAGACACUAGUUCUUCCAAGGGCAAGGUCAUGUUCCUUGACCAGAUGAAGAAGUUUGUAGACUGGCUCCAGAAUGCUGAAGAGGAGUCUGAGAGCGGAGAAGAAGAAGAUUAGUAGAUAAGUGCAGCGAGUGAGACUGACGACCGGACACGCAACCAAGCGUCCCCCCGCGCCGCGCCCCGCCCCUCCCCGCGCCCCGCCGCCGGGGGGACGCCGCAUAAUACAAUAUUACACAAUAAAUACUACAGUACGACCGACGUAACUUGGCGAGUCUGAAUAUAGCCGCAGGUCAACUUUCGCGCAUGUACACUUGUAAAAAAAAGUGUUAUUAGCAUUCAUUUUUUUAAAUCAAAAUACGAAUUAAAAUUUCCAUAUACAGGGACCAAGUACAAAUAAAAUGAAUAUCAAAACACUAUGAGAGAGAAAGCUAUAAAAAUAACGUAAUAAAUUAAAAAAAGGUAAUAAAAAAAUAAUAAAUUAAGACAGAAAGCGGUAAAAAUAACGUAAUUAAAUUAAUUCGAAAGUAAGCCCGAACACUGCCUUCAGUUGCGAUCCGCUGUACUGUGCGUUGCGAUACACCAGAUCGUUAGCAACUCUAAAUAAAACUGUCAACAUCUUUUACGCCUUCUUCUUUUUCUUUUUAAAAAAAAAUCAAAAAUUAUGUUUGUCGGCCGUCGAUUUAAAACACUAUUAUGCUUUGGUGGCAUCUUUGUUAACGAAUAGUAUAAAUGCCAAGGGACACUCAAUACUAAAACAAAUUUAAACACAAACAAUCUUAAAACUAAACAAAAAACUGAGCACUAAACAAAAACAGUAUAAUAAUAACAAAUCAAUGAAAACUUUUGUAGCCGCCCGUACUCAAGACAGAGAUAGCGACACGAACACGACACUAAUGCUAGCGUGUGAGUGAGACACAUUACCGCAUACCGAGAAUUACCGAAUUUAUACGAUGUCAAGAAAAGGGAUGUCCAAUAUGCGUGUUUGAGUAUGUUGUUUAAUCGAUUUUUUUUCAAAUUGAUUAAAAUUUAUAUAAAAAUAUAUAUUUAUAUUCCAUUUUAUAGGAGGUUUAAAAUAUUCACGAACAGUCCCUAUUGUAGUAGUUGUUGAUAAAUAACUGAUAUUCAACUAAAUCAUGUCUUUCAACCAAGAAAAUAAAGUGUUAUUAGUUUUUUUUUUUAUUAAAGAUGAAGUCUCGUUUACUAACGACAACAUUCAAUAUGUUUGUAAAUCUCUUUCAUUCAUUAUCUCAUAUAAACAAAAAUCAAUAAAUUCCAAACCGAUAAAAAUCGAUUGUGAUAUUUGAUUGAAUAAAGGGACGAUUGUGUUUACAUAGAGUCAAUCCCUAGCCUAGACCUCCGCCCCGCGCACGUUGCUCAUACCACCAUUUGGUUCCUAAAAACGUUUGUGCGCAGCCUUCUGCGCGAAGUUCGGACUCGCCAAGUUACGUCGGUCGUAUUGUACAUGUUGAUGGAAAUAUUUUUUAUUCAAUUUUUUUAGUAAAAUUACAAUAAACGGUGGUAACACACA